CAGAGAGAGACAGAGAGAGAGAGAGAGACGAGAGGGAAGAGCGAGAGAGAGAGGAAAGAGGGAGAGGGGGAAGAGAACGUGUGUUUCUCAUUAGCUUCAUCAGUCUUCACUUCUUUCUUUUGCGCACGCUUUCAACAUGGACACCUGAUAUGCCACUUUCUAGCAGAUGACACUUUUCCUUCAGCUCUGUUAUGCUAGAAUCUUCUUGUUAGUGUAAAAAGCAGGAGAUCUGAUAAACCAACCAUGGGAAAAGGCUACUACAUCAGCAAACAACUAGCCCUGGCAUCUGUCCUGCUUGCUGCUGUAGGUUUAAUCACAAUAAUCACAUUAUCUAUAGUUUACUCUAAAGAGAAAGCCAAAAAUGAACUCAAGCUCAAUAACAAGACAACUAUAGUUGUGUCCACGACUUCACCACCAUCCAGUGAACCCUGGGACAAAUACAGACUUCCUGACACCUUAUCCCCUCAAUAUUACAAUGUCACGCUGUGGCCUCAGCUCACAAUGGACAGCAAGGGCAUGUACAUUUUCACUGGUGAAUCUGGGGUCGCGUUUACUUGUGUCAGAGAGACAGAUCUGAUCCUGAUUCAUUGCCACAAACUAAACUUGACUCUUUUCGAUGGGUGGCAUGCAAAGCUGAUUGGAAUGCAACACACUAUAGCUCCAGCCAUUAGAAAAACCUGGUUCCAGGAGGAAACCCAGUACUUAGUGAUCCAGCUUGCGGGGACACUAAAGCCGGGAAAGGUCUACUGGCUUUAUACACAGUUCAGAGGAGAACUAGCUGAUGAUCUGGAAGGCUUCUACAGGAGUGAGUACGAGGAGGAUGGUAUCGCAAAAGUGCUCGCUAUCACUCAAAUGCAGGCCACGUCUGCUAGAAAAGCUUUUCCCUGCUUUGACGAGCCAGCCAUGAAAGCCAUAUUUCACAUCACCCUCAUUCAUGAACCAGGCACUGUUGCACUAUCAAACAGUCGAGAUAUAGGUACAGAAAGCAUUCAAAUGAAUGGACAUGAUAUGAUUAGGACUAGAUUUGAACCCACAAAGAGGAUGUCUACGUAUCUUGUUGCUUUCAUUGUCUGUGAAUUUACACACACCAGCAAGCAAAAAGACAGCAUGGAUGUGAUGGUUCGUAUAUGGGCAAGGAAAAACGCCAUUGAAGAAGGUCAAGGAGACUACGCUCUCAACAUCACACAACCAAUACUAGAGUUUUUUGAGAAGUAUUACAAUGCUUCUUAUCCUCUCUCGAAGUCAGACCAGAUUGCACUGCCUGACUUUAAUGCUGGAGCGAUGGAAAACUGGGGACUCAUCACUUACAGAGAAACAGCACUCCUAUUCGAUCCCAAAACCUCUUCCAAUGGCAACAAACAGAGGAUUGCAACUGUUGUGGCUCAUGAGCUUGCUCAUAUGUGGUUUGGAAAUCUUGUGACGCUAAAAUGGUGGAAUGAUCUGUGGCUGAAUGAAGGGUUUGCAUCAUACGUGGAGUACCUUGGAGCUGACUAUGCAGAGCCAACCUGGAACAUUAAAGACCAGAUCAUACUAUAUGACAUUUACCGUGCAUUUGCAGUGGACAGCCUGGUGUCCUCCCACCCUUUGUCCUGCAAAGAAGAAGACGUUAAUACACCAUCGGAAAUCACCCAAAUGUUCAACACCAUCUCUUACAGCAAGGGUGCUGCGGUGCUGAGGAUGCUCUCUCAGUUUCUCACUGAGCCUGUCUUUGCCAAAGGACUUAGUACAUAUCUGAAUGAGUUUGCUUUUAUGAGCUCUACAUAUACUGACCUUUGGGAUCAUCUUCAGAUGGCAGUUGAUAAAACGCCACAAGUAAAAUUGCCACACAGCAUCCAUGACAUCAUGAACCGCUGGAUUCUCCAAAUGGGUUUUCCAGUUGUCACAAUUGACACCCAAACUGGGAAUGUGAGCCAGAAGCACUUUCUGCUGGAGCCAAACGCCGUGGUACAGCGACCAUCGGAAUUCAAUUAUGAAUGGUUUAUUCCAAUCAAAUGGAUGAAGAGUGGUGCAGAACAGGAGCAGAUCUGGCUUCUUCAAAAAUCAGCUAUGCACAAACCACUAAAAGCCAGAAACGAUGAAUGGGUUUUGGCCAAUCUAAACGUUUCAGGGUACUACAGAGUCAAUUAUGAUGCUGCAAACUGGGAACGACUCCUUGACCAGCUGACAACCGACCACCAGAAAAUACCAGUGAUUAAUAGAGCACAGAUUCUGGAUGAUGCCUUUACUCUGGCAAGGGCAUCUAUCAUAAACAUAACUCUUGCUCUAAGAACGACUAAAUAUCUGUCUAUGGAAAGAGCAUACAUUCCGUGGGAAGCGGCGUUUCGAAGCCUCAGCUCGUUAUUUGCCGUGUUUGAUCGCAAUGAGGUUUAUGGCCCGAUGCAGGCCUACUUGCGAAAACAAGUCAAGCCUCUCUUUGAUCAUUUUACUUCAGUAACUGCAAACUGGACGAGGGUUCCUGAAGGCCACACUGAUCAAUUCACAAAUAUCAUUGCAAUGUCGCUGGCUUGCAGUACAGGAGUACAGGGAUGCCUUGAUCUCACCAAGCUCUGGUUUAGACAGUGGAUGCAGGACCCUGAACACAAUAGGAUUCACCCGAACCUGAGAUCGACGGUGUACUGCAAAGCUAUCGCUGCAGGAGGAGUGGAGGAAUGGGACUUCUGCUGGAAGAUGUUUAAAGCAACAGUAGCAGCUGAAGCGGUCAAACUGAGGUCAGCUUUAUCCUGCACCAAACAACCAUGGCUGCUUAACAGGUUCCUCGAAUACACUCUGGAUCCUGAAAUGAUUCGUAAACAGGACGCAACUUCGACAAUAGGAUCAAUUGCCAGCAAUGUGGUCGGCCAGCCUCUGGCAUGGGACUUCGUCAGAGCACGAUGGGAGUAUCUUUUUAAAGUGUAUGGAUCUAGAUCAUUCAGCUUCUCCAGGCUGAUAAGUGACGUCACUGCCAGAUUCUGCACACCUUUCGAGCUACAGCAGUUAAAGCAGUUCCAAAAGGACAACGCAGAGGUAGGCUUUGGCUCAGCUUCACAGGCUCUGCAGCAGGCGAUGGAGAAGACAACGGCCAGGAUCAAAUGGCUGGCUGAGAAUAAGGAUCAAGUUCUGAACUGGUUCCUCUCUGAGACAGCGUAAACUGCACAGCACCUCAACAGGCUUACAAACUCCAUUCAGGACAGUUACAGGAGAGGAAUCAAUGGGCCGACAUUUUGGAGAGAACUUAUAGACAUACCAGCAUAUUAACAGCAAUUCCUAAUAAACUUUAAUUGUUUUUCUAUUAGUAAGUGUGGCUGGUAUCAGUGGACUAGCAAGGCUAUGCCUUAUAUUUUUAACAAUAAAAACAUCAAUGCAAGAUUGUAUUUUUCCCCACAUUAAAUAGAGCAUUACAAACCUGAAAAUGUUAAAAACAAGAAAAAAUAAAAAUGCUACUACUACUACAACUAUUAUUAUAAUAAUAAUUGCAUAUAGUUGAUUUGGGUACAAAGUAUGCUGUCUUUACUGCUUGUGCAUUAGAGUUCUCAUUAAUAUAAUACUGAAGUUUGAAAUAUUAAGAAACAAACAACUUUUUAUGUAUAUAAAUAUAUAUAGUUAUUUAGUUAUAUAGUUAUAUAGUUAUGAAGAAAUAUUGUGUUUUUCCAUUUUGUUAGAUUUUAAAACUCAAAUGGUAUUAAUUAGGAUUAUAUAUUAUCAUUCCUGACAAUUUAAAUCCCACUGGAGUUGAAACUGCUUACAGUCUUUGCAUAAUUCUGCUCGUUUUGACAAGAGUUUAAUCAAAGUAUAAAAAAAUUACUUGUAAUAGAUAAUGUUCAAUGCUUAGAUACAAAAAUUAUAUAAAAACAUAAUCAGAAUGCAUUUUUGAAUAUGGGUGUGUAAAAAAACCCAGACUUGUUGUAUUUCUGUUUUAAAGAAUAUUUUACAGCUUUUACACAAAUCCUUUAGAGUCUAUCAAAGAUGGGAAUUACAUCCAGUUACUUUGGCACCGUAAUUAACUCUGUUUUUUUAAGUUAUUAGCAUAAUUAGCAGAGCGUUGAUAGAAAUAUUAGUGAGAUAUAUUAGCUUAUUAUCUGGCAGCUGCAAAGAAAUCUAAAUUCUUAACUCAAGAUUGUAUCAGUUUUGAGAAUAAGAUCUAAAACCCAUUUUUUACUCUGUACACUUUAUUUGUAUUAGCAUUCAACUAGUUUACAGGGUCAGAGUUAUCCCACUAUAUAGCUUGAGAUUAACACUUGAGAUAUUAGGAAUAAAGCUAUUGUUAGUUAGCCUUAGCAUUUUUUGGGAAAGCACUAUUAUACCAACAGAAUCUAUAAUGACUUAUGUGUGAUUUGUGGCAGAUGUAUUUUCCUUACUAAAAUAAAUGCUAAAAUAUUUUCUAAGUAAA